CGGCGACAGUCGAAUCGUUCGGUUGUCCCCGCGCCGCUUCGCGUUUCGUGCUAUUCUUUCUUGAUAUACGCGUUCGCGACAAGUGCGCGAAGAAACCGCGAUCGUUCUCUGCGAGCAAUCAGUGAGUGAUAUUCAAUGUGCGAUCGCUGAAUUCCCGCGAUUUGCCGUCGAUGCUCAACGUAAUCGAACAUUUCGUAGUGGCAAUCGGAUGAAUCGGACUCUGUGACAAUCGGAUUCCACGGUGAAAACCGAAGAAGUGGCGUUUGGAUACAGUGAUGUGGAGUGUAUGUACAUACACAAUGCGAGUCGCAAAGUUGUAGUCGUAAGAAUGAUCGACUAUGAUUGGUCAAUUUUUAUGUCUGUGAGUGAUAUCGUGCGAUCGCUGAAUUCCCGCGAUUUGCCGUCGAUGCUCGACGUAAUCGAACAUUUCCUAGUGGCAAUCGGACUCGGUGCGACAAGGCUCUCGUGCGAUAAACGCGAGAACGGAAAAUCUUCGUUGCAGCCAAACAUUUCGUUACCUUUCGGGCCCGAACAGAACGGGCGUCCCGAAAAUUCCCUCGGAGUUGCCGGUCUACGAACGCUGCCUCGUCUAUGCCGACAGUCGUCCCGAAAAUUCCCUCGGAGUUGCCGGUCUACGAACGCUGCUUCGUCUAUGCCGGCGCCGGUGUCGAAAAGGCGCGCGAAACAGCCGGGCGGGGAGGGGAGAUUCGAUCGCGCCUUUCAGCGCCUUUUCCGUGCCGCAACGCGUCCGCCAAGAUCGAAGGACUGCUGGAAAAGUGAAAGUGGCUCAUGGCAGACCUCUGUCACUCGUUAUUACAUUUCGCACGAGUCGAAAGUGUAUCAGAGCAAACAUGUCCGUCAUGCGAGGCGUCACGGUUCUCUUCGUGCUCUCGAUGCUAACGAGAGUCCUCCUGGCGAGCAAGACCGCACCGUUCAACGCAGUGAGGAACAUCAGAAGCGUCGCCGGAAUGUCCAAGUUCGAUUUGCCGAAUCGCUUGAAGGGCAGCGUGGAUUCUGUCUGGGUCGAAUACAUCCAGCUCGCUCUGCAGUACAAGCCGUUGAACCUGGGCCAGGGCUUCCCCGACUAUCACGCGCCGGAGAACGUGACCAACGCCCUGGCUGCUAUCGCCAAGAGUGACAAUCCGCUCUUGCAACAGUACACGAGAGGAUUUGGUCAUCCAAGAUUAGUGAAUGCGAUUGCAAAGUUCUACUCCAAGCUCAUCAACCGCGAUUUGGACCCGAACAAGGAAGUGAUAGUCACAGCGGGCGCCUACGAAGCAUUGUAUUCCACUCUGCAGGGACACACUAAUCCUGGGGAUGAGUGGAUCAUCAUUGAACCCUUCUUCGACUGUUACGUACCUAUGGUGCUGGCUGCUGGAGGGAUCCCCAGAUACAUAGCGUUAAAACCGAAUGCUACAUCGGGCACGGUCACCUCCGGCGAUUGGGUAUUCGACAGGAAGGAGAUGGAAAGUCUGUUCAAUGAGAGAACCAAAGGUAUAGUCCUCAACACCCCACAUAAUCCCAUAGGAAAAGUAUUUACAUUGGACGAAUUGCAAUUUAUUGCCGAUCUCGCCAAGAAGUGGAACGUGCUUGUGGUUUCUGACGAGGUUUACGAGCAUAUCGUUUACAAGCCGUACAAACAUAUAAGAAUCGCGACAUUGCCCGGUAUGUACGAACGCACAAUCACGAUUGGAUCGGCGGGCAAAACGUUCAGCGUUACAGGUUGGAAGAUAGGCUGGGCUUACGGACCAGCGCAUUUAUUGUACAAUCUGCAAGUUGUACAUCAGAGCUCCGUGUAUACCUGUACCACGCCGACUCAGGAAGCAGUGGCUAUCGGAUUCGAGCUGGAAAUGGAACGCCUGGAGCAGCCGGAAUGUUAUUUCCACAGUCUGGCGAUGGAGUUAUUACCGAAGCGCGAUUACAUGGCGAAAUUCCUUCGGGAAGUCGGCAUGGUGCCGACGAUACCCGAGGGUGGAUACUUUAUGCUUGCUAACUGGUCCCCUUUGGAGAAAAAGGUGAGACUGCACGAGGAGAAGGACAAGAACAAGGACUACAGAUUCACGAAAUGGAUGACGAAGAACGUCGGCCUUCAAGGUAUUCCUCCCUCGGCCUUUUAUGGCCCUGAACAUAAGACUUUAGCGGAAGACUAUGUGCGGUACUGUUUUAUAAAGAAGGACGAAAAUUUGAAAGCAGCCGCCGAUAUCUUGAAGAAGUGGGCGUCCCAUUAAUUGCGACUAUGUGCAUAUACAUAUGUGUACGUAUGUUCGGUGACUACUGAUAAGUGCCACCGCAUUAACUUUUCGCGUAGCUCUCGUGCUGCUCGAAUACGUUUGGUGCAUAGAAAGUUUAUUUGAUACAAUUAGGAAGGAAUUAUACAUAAUUACCCUGACUUACUACAAUUUUUAUACGUAUUUAUCUAGAAUCAAUCUAAAAUGAAUCUAGAAUUAAUAGCUGAUUUAGCCCCGUUAUAUUUGUAAUGUUAAAUUUAUCAACGUAGAUGCCAAUUUGUAAAUCUUUACAUAUUUUAACGAGUUCGAUUAAGUGACCAUGCGAUUGAUGUGAUUGAGAGUAAUCGAUCGAAUAAACGAUAUUGCUGGGA